CGCCCACAGUGAUUAGACACGCCCACUCGUCAGACCUGCAGUGAAGUGAAGCUUUCCUGUCUCUUAUCAAAUAAGACUGAUUUCCUAAACAAACGUUUUCAGCACAUGGUGACACUGCGUCACCGUUAUCAGAUGAGAGAGCGGAAGCGCUAUAGUGUUCAUGCUCAGUGCAGCGCCUGUGUUUAUCAGCUGAGACUCAUAUGAGCGCCUGAUCCGUCAGAUCUGAUCAUGUCUGAUUUCGAGGAGUUCGAGAAACAGCUGAACGAGAAUCGACAAGAGAGAGAGAGGGAGAGGCAUAAGAGAAGGAGUCGCAGUAGCUCUCCUGGUCGCAGCAAGAAACGGCGCAGCUGGAGCAAAGACAGAAGCAGUCGCAGCCGAGGGAAGCGCAGCCGUAGUCGAGACCGGAAGAGCCGAGACCACAGGAGCAGCUCCAGGGAUCAUAAGAAACACAGCUAUUCUCCACGUCGAACAAGGAAGAAAAAGAUGUGCAAGUAUUGGGAUGUUCCCCCAUCAGGCUUUGAGCACAUCACUCCAAUGCAGUACAAAGCCAUGCAAGCUGCUGGGCAGAUCCCCAGCAUUGCUCUACUGGCUACAUCCACUAAUGCUGGUUUGGCAGUCGCACCCACACAAGUGCCCAUCGUUGGCAGCCAGAUGACCAGGCAAGCGCGACGCCUGUAUGUUGGCAACAUCCCCUUCGGUGUCACUGAGGAGUCCAUGGCUGAAUUUUUCAAUACCCAGAUGAGACUUGCAGGACUGUCUCAAGCUCCCAGCAAUCCUGUGCUCGCAGUGCAAAUCAACCAGGACAAGAACUUUGCUUUCUUAGAGUUUCGAUCAGUGGAUGAAACCACUCAAGCCAUGGCAUUUGAUGGCAUUAUCUUUCAAGGACAGUCGCUGAAGAUCAGACGUCCACAUGACUACCGCCCUCUGCCCGGUAUCUCUGAGCAGCCUGCUUUUCAUGUUCCAGGUGUUGUUUCCACAGUUGUACCGGACUCCCCUCAUAAACUCUUCAUUGGAGGUCUACCAAAUUAUCUCAAUGAUGAUCAGGUUAAAGAGCUCCUGACAUCAUUUGGUCCUCUCAAAGCCUUCAACCUUGUGAAAGACAGUGCCACAUCACUGUCCAAAGGAUAUGCUUUCUGUGAAUAUGUGGAUAUCAGCGCAACUGACCAGGCAGUAGCUGGAUUACAUGGCAUGCAGCUUGGCGAUAAAAAGCUCAUCGUCCAGAGGGCAAGUGUGGGCGCCAAGAAUGCCAAUCCUACUGCUGUUGUAGAAACGCCAGUCACGCUCCAGGUCCCGGGGUUGCAGAGGGUGCAGAACUCCGGCCUGCCGACAGAGGUGCUAUGUCUGCUGAACAUGGUCAUGCCAGAGGAGCUGCUGGACGACGAGGAUUAUGAGGAGAUCCUGGAGGACAUCCGUGAGGAGUGCUGCAAGUAUGGCACUGUGCGCUCUAUCGAGAUCCCAAGGCCUGUGGAUGGCGUGGAGGUGCCAGGCUGUGGGAAGAUUUUUGUGGAGUAUGUUUCUGCUGCAGAAUGCCAGAAGGCCAUGCAAGCACUGACGGGACGCAAGUUUGCUAACCGUGUGGUGGUCACAAAAUACUACGAUCCAGACAUGUAUCACAGACAUGAGUUCUGAGGGCAGAGAGAGAGAACGAGCCGUUUGCACCAUCUGAGUGUAAAGUUUUAAUGAGCUGUAUGUAGUUUUACACUUUUCUUCUACUUUCACUUCUCAAUUUCUUUUCCUUAUUGAAAAAAAAUAGAUCUGAGUAGCCAUGUAGGAAAAAUUUAGUCUAGUACAGUGUCAAGCGAUCUCUUCCAUGUUAAAGGAUUAGUUCAAUUUCAAAUGAAAAUUACCCCAAGAUUUACUCACCCUCAAGCCAUCCUAGGUGUGUAUGACUUUCUUCUUUCUGAAGAAAACAAUCGGAGAAAUAUUAAUAAAUAUCCUGACGCAUCCGAGCUUUAUAAUGGCAGUGAACGGGAGCAACGAGUAUGAAGCUGAAGAAAGUGUCUCCAUCCACGUCCAUCCAUCAUAAACAUAUUCCACACGGCUCCGGGGGGUUAAUAAAGGCCUUCUGAAGCGAAGCGAUGCAUUUGUGUAAAAAAAAAAAAAAUCAUAGUUAACAAGUUAUGAAGUGAAAUAUCUAGCUUCCACCAGACUGCCUUCUGUAUUCAACUUAUGAAGAAAGUGUAUCGCCUCUCGCAGUUCAAAAUGCUUACACUACGUUGGCGCCAAUAGCCUCGUGGGCAGCACGCCGGCAUAUAGCGCCGUUGCGCUUCGAGCAACCCAAGUUCGAGUCCCGGCUCGCGGACCUUUCCCAAUCCCGUCCCUCUCUCUCUCUCCCACCUUGCUUCCUGUCCACUCUAUACUACUCUAUCAUAAUAAAAGGCAAAAAUCGGCCAAAAUAAAAAAGCUUACACUAUGGCCUACGCUUUCUGUAUUCAACUUAUGGAAAAGUAAGUUGAAUAUAGAAGGCCGUCUGGCGGAAGCUAGAUAUUUUACUUUAUAACUUGUUAAAUAUGGAUGUUUUUCUUAGACAAAAUGCAUCGCUUCGCUUCAGAAGGCCUUUAUUAACCCCCUGGAGCUGUGUGGAGUACGUUUAUGAUGAAUGGAUGCACUUUCUUGAGUUUCAAACAGGUGGUUUCUGUUCACUGCCAAUAUAAAGCUUAGGAGCAUGAGGGUGAUUAUUAAAAUAUCUCUGAUUUUAUUCGUCUGAAAGAAUAAAGUCAUACACCUAGGAUGGCUUGAGGGUGAGUAAAUCUUGGGGUAAUUUUCAUUUUAAAGGGAACUAAUCCUUUAAGGGAAGUUUACACUUACAGUGAUUUACCUUGACCAGAAGUCACUCAUUUUCAACAAGAAUUGGCAAUUUCCAGAAGCAAGCGGGCAACUGGCAACGUGAUGUGAUGUGGGCGUGUCCAGAAAGGUUUAGUUUUAUGCAGAUGACUACAAUAAGGAGUGAAGUUAUUAGAGCACAUGUGAUUUGUCUCCUGUGAGAUAGAGGAAAUGAGCUAUUUCACUGUUCUACACACUCUCACAAAAAAGGUACAAAAGCUGUCACUGGGGCAGUACCCUUUCAAAAGGUACAGCUUUGUACUUUAUUUACCCCUUAAGGGAGCAGAUUAGUACCUUUUGAAAUGGAACCGCCCAAGUUUUGUACCUUUUUUUGUGAGAGUGCAUGAUUUGUCUAUGUAUGAUGCAGGGAAAUAAUUAAAAAUAUAAUGAAAAACUGGCAGUAAUUGUUGAAGUAUUGAGUGAGUUUUAUUCAUGCAAACAUUAAUCUUCUUUAUGAUAUGAUGCAUUAUGCACUUUAUGCGUUAUGCAAUUAUAGCCUAUGUAUAACUUUUACCAUAUACAUUUAUAUACCCUUCUAAAAGAAAUGAUUAUCAAUUUAGCACUCAGUGGGAAUGACCAAAUAUACUGCCACUCGAUGACCUGAUGAAAUCACUGUAUGUGUGAACAUAAACCUGAGUUUUUGUCCUGCAGUCUUCAUCAGCAGCUUUGUAUGACAGAACAUUUAGUUGGCCCCGCCCAAAGUGAAAUCUCAUUGGUCCAAACUCCUGCUUCAAAUAGCUGCAUUUGAAAACAUCAAAUUUGUUGAAAUUGACUGGGAUUGACUGGGAUUUUGAGGCUUUGUGAGGACAGAAAUAUCACUUGACACUUGUCAUGUUGUGCCUAUAGUUAGAACAAAGAAUAUCAGAAUAGAACUUAAUUCUCAGACUAGAGAUUGUUUUGUGUGUCUUUGUAUUAACCUGAGACAAAAUUCUAGCCAGUGUUCUGAACUUUGAACAACACUAAACACUACAAACAUCAACAGACUGAACUCAGAUGCAUUACAUGCUCUUUAACAUAGAAAAUGACUGAAAGCUUCUGCUUCAUACCAGUGACAGCAUAUUCAUGUUACUCUAUUUUUGUUUUUUGUUUUUUAACUUAAAAGCAAAAAAAAAUGUAAUCAAAUAUUUAAGUCAACAAAUGUUUCCAUGACAUAUUAUAUUAUAUUAUAUAUUUUUCUUUCCACAUUAUACUGAGAUUUAGUUUUUUUUGCAUUACGGUAAUGAGAAAAUGUGCCAUUAUAAUGAAAAUAAUGUCAAAAUGUCAAAAAUAGGCAAAAAAUAAUGUAUUUCUUUUGUUUAUUUUUGGGUGGACAUAUGUGCCGGAUGUGUUCUUGACAGGUUUUACGAAAUUCACUCAUAAAUUGGUAGCUUUGAAAUACUGCUAAUAGAUACAGUAUGUUAAUGCUGUAAAGUGUAUAAAUGUGAUUCUUUGUACAGUAUAUCCUUCAAGAUUGAUGGAUGAGAUUUUCUAUCAUGUUUCAAAAUUCUUCAAAACAACAUGGGCUGCUCUGGACAGCUGCUCAUGUCAGAAUGUAUUUGCUCUUAUUGGCAAACUGCAAAAAGGCUGAAAUUUCUUCAAAGAUGUCAGAACAGAUAACAUUUGACAAGAAAACAGCAUGUUUCUCCCUAUCGUGAUGAAAGCAAAAGCCCUGACAGAAAUACUUAGAGUAUCUGCUGUGGAAAGAUGAUCCGACAGCGGUUUUCACUCUUAUUUCUCAUUCAGAUGAUGACUUGUACAAAUAGAGACACACAACAACCAACCAUCAUUUCACUAGCUAAAAUGUGCUUAAAUAGCUCGGUUUCUAUGGCUAGUGAUGCCUUGCCUUCAAUAAAUGACAUGAUCUUUA